AUGUUUCAGGCUCAAAAUGGAAUUUUGUAUGUAACUGUUAUAUCUGGACAUUUGGAAACAACAAUUGUAAACUUGAAGACUUAUGUCCAGCUGACUAUAGGAUCUCAAACUUUCAAUUCUCAAGUUACAACUGGAAUAUCACCUGUGUGACAGUUUUCUCACUCCAUCGAACUAAUAGAGAAAAUCUUCGAACAUUCUCAAUGUUUUUGCUAUUUUUUUAUGAGGAAGAUUAAAUAAUGAUUAAAAUUUUUUAUAAAUUCUUGUAUAGCCUUCCACAUGUUGGAUUCUGUUCAACACGUGGAAAGCUAUAAGAAAUUAUAACAAAGAAGUAUAUAAAAAACCUAUUAAAAAUUUAAAAAAUUCAUCUCCAUUUUGAAAUAGGAGAAUCAGGUAUUUCAGCUAAAUAAAGAGGUUGUGUUGAGUAUAAAAGUUAUAAACCAAACCCCUCAAAAAGAAAUGUUCAUGGGACAGAAUAUGAUUAACUUAAAAAAUAUUCGGUUUAUGAAAAUAAUCGGUGGAGAGUAUCCAAUUUACUUGGAUAAUAAGCCAGUUGGAGAUUUGAUUAUCAGGCUUCAUUAUGAAGAUAAAGAUAGCUUGAGUGUUUUAUCUGAUGCAAGCAUUACAAGAAACUCGAAGCAUCAAGAAACAAAACAGUUAAAAGGAAACAAUUCGCACCCGAAUCUUAAUGCCACCUCAAAAUAUCGGUUAUCAGAAAACAAUUCUCCUGAUAUAAGUCGUGAAAUUCCAAUAGAAAAUCAUGAAAGAGCUACUAUUCAAGAUGAAUCCAAGGAAGGGAAAAAACCUAACACCUCCUUUGCUUAGUGAGAACAAUCAUUGGGAAACCUUAAUUUAUGCGAAAUUUUACCUAUUCGAUAGUGAGUAUAAACUUUAAAUGUGAAAUUAUUUUUAUUUAAAUAUUUCGGUAUAUAGUAAUGAUAAUAGUGAGAUCUUCCAGUUAAUUCUAUUAAAUUUAUGAUAGCUUGUAUCCUAAAAAAUAAUUUUCUAAAAUAAUUAAGUUUCUCAUUUCAAACAUUAAUUGAUUAUUUUUUUUAAAACCAAGCAUUAACUAUUAAUAAAAUAUGGAAGCUAAUUAAGAGAAGGGCAGUAAGAAAGAAAAUAAACAAAAAACCGAAGAUCAUAAUGCUCAUACCGAAAAUAUAUCCAUCGAAGACUCAAAAACUGCUCAACAAGCUGCAAAGAGCCAUUUACCAUCAAAAAUUAAUAUUUCAGAUAUUUCGAUCUCAAAACUUAACAUUAAGAAUCAGCUCAACUCAAAAAAUAAUAAAAAAACUUAUGACGGAAUUCUAGCUCUUGAUGUAGGCUAUGAAGUAAUAAUUAAAGAAACAAUUUUUGAAAGCAUCGAUGAAUUAAAAACUAGUCAGCAAACUGAAUUAAAGCUAUGCAAAUUAAAGCAUCCUAGCAUAUGCACAAUUAUUACUUCUCUUCAAAAUACAAAUAGCCAAAACUUUUCUAAUUAUUUAGUUAGAGAAAAAUGUGAAGGGUCAAUUUUACUCGAUUGAAUUAAUUCUCGAAGAGAGAAAAAAGAAUUUUUAAGUGAAGACCAGAUUUAUUUCUAUAUAAAAUCUCUUGUGAGUGCUUUUACUUAUUUUGAAGAGUCUCAUUUCAUGCAUGGUGCUAUCACUCCAAAGACUUUUAUUGUUUCCGAAAAUUCGAUUAAACUUAUUAAAUUUGGCCUCCUUAAGCCGAGUUAUCCAGAUUAUUUUGCAGAAACUCGAUCAAAUUCAAUUCAUGUAACUGCUCCAUAUUUCAGUCCUCCUGUUCUCCAAAGUUAUCUAAAGUUCAUUAAAACGGGGAGUUUCCAUAUAUCUCAUGAUAUCCACAAAUCUGACGUUUUUUCGCUUGGCUUAGUUUUCCUUCAAAUGGCAACUUUGAAUCCUCCUUGUGGGCUAAAUGAUUUAUCCACAAAUCUUGAAGACCGUAUUUCAUUGAUUAUUGAAUCUAUCUCUUACACAAAUCGUAUUAAAUCAAUACUAAAAAUGAUGCUAUCUCUUGAAGAAGACUCAAGACCAGACUUUAAAAAUCUUAAUGAAUUAAUUUAG